GACUUUGUAUAGUAAUAAUUUAGUAUUAUUACGCUAGUGAUUUACUAGUUUUAAGUUUACUCAUCAGAGAGCGCAACAAACGCGAGAGUAACAUUUUUUUGAACAGGCAGCUCAACAAAUUUCUUUUUCAUCAUUGAAAAUGUUACAGAAUAAAGUUAUGAAAAUUGGUACACAUGACGGUACGUUCCAUUGUGAUGAAGCUCUUGCUAUUUUUUUAUUGAAACUUUUACCUAAAUAUAAAGAUGGAGUUAUCGUAAGAUCACGUAAUCUUGAUAUUUUAGAUACUUGUGAUAUUGUUGUCGACGUUGGUGGAAAAUAUGAUCCUUCUACUCAUCGAUAUGAUCAUCAUAUGAGUGAUUUUAAUGAAUCAUUAAGUACGAUUAUACAUGAAGCUGGAUGCAACAGUACAAUUAGGUUAAGCAGUGCAGGAUUAGUUUAUUGUCAUUUUGGUCAUGAAAUAAUUAAACAAUUGGCUCCUGUAGAUACAAGCGAUGAUACUAUCAAAGUAUUAUUUAAGUCAAUAUAUUAUAAGUUAAUUCAAGAAAUUGAUGCUAUAGAUAAUGGAAUACCAAUGUUCAAUCAAGAACCUCUUUAUAACAUAUCAACAGGAAUAUCUUCAAGAGUAGAUAGAUUAAAUGCUUCUUGGAAUGAUGAAAAAACAGAUGUUGAUGCACAAUUUGAGAAAGCCAUUGAUUUAGUUGGAGAAGAAUUUAUGUAUGCCGUACAUAAUUGUAUAAAUGUAUGGUUGCCAGCAAGAUGUAUUGUAGAAAAUGCUUUAGCAAAAAGAUUUCAAAUCGAUAAAAGUGGGGAAAUCAUAGAUCUAGGAAAGUUCAUACCAUGGCAGCAACAUUUAACGGAGUUAGAAGAGGAGCAAAAUACAGAACCUCUUAUAAAAUAUGUAAUCUUUAAAGAUGUAAAAACUGGAUAUAAAAUUAGAGCAGUCCCUGUAAAACCAUCAAGCUUUGUAUGCAGGAUGUUUUUGCCAGAAGAAUGGGCAGGUUUAAGAACAGAAGAUCUUGAAGCGAUCAGUGGAAUUAGUGGUAGCGAAUUUGUACAUUUUCGUCGUUUUAUCGGAGGUCACAAAACUAGAGAAGGUGCAUUAGAGAUGGCAAGAAAAGCUCUAGAAAUAGGAAAAAGUUAAAUUAACGUUUAGUAAAUGCAUAUUUUAUGAAUUCCUAACUUUAAGAAUUAUAAAUAAAUUACUUUAUGAGAAUGAGUUGGAAUAAAUUAAUAAUAAGGAGAAUCAUUCCAAAAAUAAUGUAGCAGCUUUGAGAUAACAGCCGUUAGAAGUUCGAAGGGAAGAUUUUUAUUCGUAAGACGAUCAUUUUCUCAGCCAAAUUGAAAUUAUAAAUUGACAAAAUAGAAUAAUAAUGAACUAUCAAAUGAAAGAUUUCAUCAUAAAUGGUGCCUCUGAUGAGAUUUUUAUAAUUAAUGUUAUAAAGAAAAAUUAAAUAUUUUUUAUAUUUACUUCACAAUUAAAUAAAAAGUAAUAGAAAUAUAGACAAUAAUACAGGAAAAUGAAAUAUGGUGAUCGUAUGGUAAAAGUGAUGAUCGAAUACAUAAUCCAUACUGUUGUUUGAUUAUUCUUACUGUUUUUGUUUGUCCUGCUAAUUUUCAAAUAUUACGAUUCAGAUGACAAACAAAUUUUUCAUUUUCAAUUAAAAUAAUAAUAUUGUGGUAUGACAAUGUAACAAAGUUGAAACAUCGUAGUAAAGUUUGCAGAUAUGAGGAUUAUACGGCGUGAAUUAUUAAACACAGCAUUUACUGACAAAUUUUCCAAAAGUAACAAUAAAAAAUGCUUCAAUUAACUCUGAGUUCAUCGAGCCAGAAUAAUUUCUCUUAAUAUUAAUUAUUUCGUAAAAGCUACAUCUGCGUGAUAACGAUCGAUCAUACUUAGCCAAUUAUAUUUUAACAUAAUGAAUUAUAUACAUUAAUUAAUAUAUAUAAUUCAUUGUAAUAUAUUUUCUUAAAUUAAGUUUGACUUUACAAGUCUAAUAUUCAAUAGAAAAUAACUUUGGAUCUAUUUACUGUAUUUAAUCACGUCCAUUAUAUAUGCAGUUAUAUAUUUGCAUAUUCAUUUUUUGAUAUUAUUAGAUUUGUCGUAUUUUUAAUAUUUUCGAUUUUACCAAUCUUGUUAUAAAGAUUUACGAUUAUAUAUUAUAAUAUUUUGCAAACAGUACGAAUGUUAUAAAACAUAUAAUAAAAAAUAACGUUGAAAUAUACGUUGAAAGAAAUGAUCACUUUAAUAAUGACGAAGAAAAGUGUAUAUGUACAUUGUGCAUGGAAUUAUAGAUAAUAUAAUUAAAAAAUAAAUAUAUGCGUAUUUAGAUA